UUUUGAAGUAUAAUCUGUUAGAUAUCUAUAAACAUCAAUUUCUUUGACUUUAGCUCCAGUAGCUAUCUUUUCCGGUUUAACUGUGGUGUGACCGAGACGUCUGCCACAGGCUCACAAGAUGGGUGCGUACAGAUAUAUUCAAGAGUUGUACCGCAAAAAGCUUAGCGAUGUUAUGCGGUUUCUAUUGCGUGUCCGAGUAUGGCAGUACCGCCAGUUAACUCGUAUGCAUCGUGCACCAAGGCCUACCCGGCCAGACAAAGCUAGAAGACUAGGAUACCGUGCCAAGCAGGGUUUCGUUAUCUUCAGAAUCCGCGUGCGUCGUGGUGGCCGCAAACGUCCAGUUCCCAAGGGUGCCACUUAUGGUAAACCAAAAAGUCACGGGGUUAACCAAUUGAAGCCUACCCGUAACCUUCAAUCUAUUGCUGAGGAGCGUGUCGGUCGCCGUUGUGGAGGUCUACGUGUGCUCAACUCGUACUGGGUCGCUCAGGACUCUUCAUACAAAUACUUUGAAGUUAUCUUAGUUGACCCAUCACACAAGGCUAUCCGCCGUGACCCUAAGAUCAACUGGAUCGUGAAUGCAGUCCACAAGCACCGUGAAAUGCGUGGUCUUACAUCAGCAGGACGGAGCUCAAGAGGUCUGGGCAAGGGUCAUCGCUACUCGCAGACCAAGGGAGGCUCCCGGAAAGCUGCCUGGAUCAGACGCAACACCCUACAGUUGCGCCGCAAACGAUAAACGCAUACAUAUUUUGGUCAUUGACUUUUUAUUUGGUAUAUAUCUGCCAAACAGAAAGGCAAUGGUUUUCAAUAAAACUUUAAACAUAA